CUGGCCGAUUUGGUCUGGUGUCCAGUCGUAGAUGUGUUGAUUAGCUACAAAAUUCUAUUGUUAAAUAUGAUAGUAUGGUGUGCAUCUUUCCCAUGUUUACAUGUAUGUGGUGGAGAACACUGUAUCAUACGGUCGUGCCGGUCAAGACCGUUGUUCGUCCGACCCAGCUCCUCCAAUUUCUAUGUGAAUUCGGUGACUGAAUCUCUAGAGACGGCAGAUAGUACCGUGAUUUAUUGCAGUAACACUGCUAUUGGCGCUAACACUAAUCAUGGCAGAGUUGGACAUUGGCAAACAUUGCAGCGUCAAGUCUUGUAAACAGCUUGAUUUCUUGCCGUUUCAGUGCACGGGAUGCUCAGAGAUCUUCUGUUUGGAGCACAGAAGCUUUGAUGCCCAUUGCUGUUCACAGGCCAAUAUUACUCAAGAUCACAAAGAUUUCGGCGGACCUACAAGCUAUGAAUGUAGCUUUCCAGGAUGUGAAGACAGAGAAUUAAUUCCUGUUAGUUGUCAGCAUUGUGGAAACAACUACUGUUUAAGCCAUCGCCACCAACAAGAUCAUGAAUGCACAAAACUGGUUGAGGCGUUGCCAAGAAUGGCCAAGACAGCAGAAUUGGUUGAACAAAUCCAAGAGUCUUAUAAAGCUAAAGGAGCCACAGUGAGUAAGAGAAAGAUUGGUGCCAAGUCACAACAGACAGCUGCUAAGGUUGCAUUGAUGAAAAUGAAGAUGAAUGCCUUAGGAGACAAGGCCAUUCCACAGAGUGAGCGACUCUAUUUCAAAGUAGCUCUGCCACGAGAACAUGAUUCAGACCUGAAGGGCCAGGCCAUAUUUUUCUCCUCUGUUUGGAGUGUGGGGAGGGCAAUUGAUAAAGUUGCCUCUAUCGUGAAACUUAGGAAUGAUAACAAUGUCGCAACAGCUAAGAAAUUAAGACUGUUCCAUCCUGAAACUGGGGAGAUUCUACCUGUGGAUAUGAGGCUAAGCAGCCUCUUAGAGGGUGAGACACCUCUUUACAAUGGAGGAUGCGUCAUCCUGGAGUAUGUCAAGGAAUCUUGCACUGUUCUAGAACAUAUUGCAGAUUAUUUAUGAAAGACGAUUUCACCAACUCCCCCUGAGUAUUGACACCUAGUAAUUCUUAAGGUAAGCCAAAACUUGUGUUAGCUUCAUGAAAAAUAAUGUACGGUCGUAAGUUGGCCACAUAUUUUUUGAGCAACAUUUGGCAAAUUUGUAAGUUCACUUGGACAGAGGCUUCUUUGAUGUGUCCUCGCUAUCAACAAAUUCUAUCCCUGAAGUGUCUCCACAGCUGACUGCUUACUUUGUCAGUAAUACAUUAAUACAGAGUACACGAUGAAAUGAUGUUUCUUUCAAGCAUGCGAUUCUCAAACUUGAACCAGUUGACUAUUUCCUCUUCACUCCUCUUUGAAAUUCCCCCAAAUUGGACAAACAAAAAUUUAAUGGAAGUUGACAGAAAAAUUGGUUCAAAGCUUAAGCAUCUGUGUGAGUACUUAAACUGGCAAUUGCCUUAAUCAUGUCAGGUGGUAUGUAACAAAAUAAUAUACCAUAAAUUAGUGUAUUUUGUAGAAUAGCUUAAACUGGCUAAUCCUCCCAGAUACUAUCGCAUUGUUUUUAAGCAAAGUGAAACAGGUGCUAAGUAACAUACAGUGUACUGUAUUACUGUUAUUUACUUUGUGAACAACCUAACCACUGCUUGGUUUUUGUCCAAAGGCAGGCAGAAAUUUUCAUGAAAACUCAUUUAUAUUAAGUGAAUAUUGAUAUGAAUUCUGUUCCCCAUUUUCAUUCUGGUAACCACAUGCUCACAUGUGGUAUCAGAAAACAUGAUAUUAGUAAGAAAAUCUAUGUGGUAAAAUGAGUCAGGAAUUGUUGAAACACGUCUUGACUUGUAGACCUUUGAAUCAUUGAAAUUAGCAGGAAGACUUUGGGAUCUGAUGCUUGUUAUCCUGUAAUAUUCUGAUUUGCCUGUACUUUUUAGAUCCUACUACUAGCACUGCUAGUUUCAAGUAUUUUAGUAUUAGAAUGUUUGACCUGCACUUAAUUGGGUACUCAAAUAUUGAGUCAAUUUGGCACUGCCCUACCAAUGACCAAACAGCUGUUAAAGUGUGGAGCCCCUUGAAAUUAUUUUUCUCACAAAGGCCGUCAUAAAAGUCAAAACAUGAAGAAGUCCUAGACUCAUUUUGUAGGAUUUCACCAUGUGCCUUAUUGUCUGAGAUCUUUUUGUUGUUUUUGAAGUUGUGAUGAUCCCUUCUUGUAUGUUGAGUUUGAGGAACCAAGUUAACUGGAGAUAAAUAUGAGUCAGAGGGUCUUCGUUAUUACGAUGCCUGGUACAAGCGUUGGCUUGAUAAUUGAUCUAAAUCAUGAGUUUCCUAUGAACCUGGUUGGGCAGAAAUGCAAGACACCAGAACAUAAAACCUAAAAAUAGAAACACAGGAACUGAGAGGAGUGCAGGACAAGGUGGCUUGACUUUCUGGUGAGAAAUUUCAACCCCACCCCUCCUUAAGACAGAUUUCCCUUGAGAGGAGACCAUGUAUCACACUGAAAGGAGUCAAGAAAGAUUUAGUUUGGCCAAAUAUACUACAUGUACUUGCAGACCAGAUUGUCUCAGCUACAACAUUACUGUCAAUUUUCAAUUUAAUGUUAACAGACCAUUGAAUAGUGUCAGCCUUUGUUGAAGAAUUGGGAUGCACAGCCAAAAUGCUUUCGUUAAAGUAAAUUUCAGACUUGAUCAUGAGUUACAUGUACCCACAGACUGUAGAAAUCCACCAGAUGCUUUUGUGCCAUUUGGAAAGAUUCUGCAGACUGAUGAAAUUCUCGGUUUCACUGAUGUUAAUGGAUUUCAUUUCCUCAAUUUGAAGUUCUACAUAUUCAAGAAACUUCUCAGCAAAGAUGUUGAUAGAGUGUGUAAGAGUAAUUGCCAGUCCAUCAUGUUAAUAAAGUCAAAUGAAUGGCCACUCUGGCAUGAGUAAUGUUA